UUUGGCUAACCUGUGUAUUAGUAUGCUCUUUAUACAGAGAAGUAUCUUUAAGUGCAGUUUGAGGACUCUUCUUUUUAACUAUAAGGCAGAUAAGACUAACCGUAUCUCUACUUCUCCUUGACAGACCAGGCCCCAGUGAUGAGAUCUUGGGGGUCUCUGAUGGACCUUAGGGACGUAGAGGAGGUGGAAGAAGAACCAUCAGAGGUGGAAGAGAAGGACAAUGACACAUUAGGUAUAACUAUAUCUAUAUUUAUAUAUACAAGUAUGGGAUCUCUUAUGCCCCAUAAUUUAGAUAAACAUACUUUCAUUCAACUAAAAAUCUUUUAUUCAACUUUUCCUUGACAGAUCAAGCCCCAGUGAUGAGGUCUUGGGGGUCUCUGAUGGACCUUCAGAAUGGAGAGGAGGCAAAAGGAAUAGAACCAUCAGCAAAGGACUGGAGACCAAAACUGGAUCUCCCAAAUUCGAAGGUGGAAGAAGAGGCGAAUUAUAUAAAAUCGGAUCAAGCCCCAGUGAUAAAGUCUUGGAGGUCUCGGGGUGGAGAGAAGGCAGAAAGAGAAUCAUUAGCAAAGGACAAGAGACCAGAAAUUGAUCAUCUAGUUUCAAAAGUGAAAGAGGAGGAGAAUGAUAAUAAAACAGACCCAGCCUCAGUUAGGAGCUCGGGAUCUGUUAAAGAUAUGAUUUUAGAAAAAGAGCAGGAAGUUGAGACAGAUAACAUCGAUAUGGAGAAAGCAGAUGUCCUUCCAACAAAAGGCAACACUGAUCCCACUAAAUCAGAAGACAAAGGGGCUGUUGAAAAGAAAACCAUCAGUAAGAUUUUUUUUUUUUCAAAUGUAAAAAUGUGUUUAUUGUUUGAGAAAGUGGGUUUUGAACUUUUUAGUUUCACAUCCCCUUUCACCCAUAACAAGAAUAUCAAGAAUAUCCAGAAGUGUCCAAUUAGUCCUAAUUAUCCCAUAAGCUGCACUUUUACCAAUUAAAAAAACAGCAGAUAGACACCCUAAAUAUCACCUUAAAGUCAACGGGUCAAAUUCGCCCAUCCCUAUGAAGUGCCACCAGUCUGCCCUUCAAUCAAGUGCUUUUGGCCCUAUGUUUGUCAUUAAUUAAUAUUGGGCAAAUUUGCACCCUGGCAUUAACCCAUAGCAACCAAUCCUUUUUCAACUGGCUGCUAGUGAUCUGAUUGGUUGUCCUGGGAUCCUGGCCAGAUAAUCUGAAUGAGGGUGAAAGAAAUACAAAUUACGUUGUGUUUAUAUAAAAUAAUAUUUCUCUCGUCAUUAUAAUAUGGUCUUUAUAAUAAAUAUGUUUCCCCAGUUUUGCAGAACACCACUCGACUGUGGAAGCCCAAGUUGCGGCGCCCAACUUUUGUUUUUGGUAAGUGGAAUUUCAUUGAUCUGUCUAUAGGGACAAUGUCAGUGUAGGCUUGUGGUACCCCAGUGAGCUGUAAUGGGAAUUGCAUUCAAAUUCACUGCCCAUGUGCCUAUACCAUUGUCAUUAUACCCUGUUAGAUGCUUAGCUUUACAACUAUAAUUCCAAUUUUAUCAUUAUCCUAUGAUUUUUAUGAAAAAUAUUUCUUUUUAUCCAGUCAAACAAAAUGUCAUGCCAAGUUUGAAAGAAGGAGAGUUAGAGCCCCCAACUGCUGGUAAGUUAUACCAUUAUUAUACCCUUCCAUGUACAUAAUGAUAUUUAUAUUAUAUGCCAAGUACAUUGAGCUCAUAAAAUUAAUUAUAUCUAUAUUUUCCUACUAGAUACCACCAAAGCAGACGCUGGGCCUGUCAAUGUGUCGCCAAGGUGGAAAAAAGAUCAGUUACAUCGCCCAACUGCUGGUAAGUUAUACCACUAUUAUACCCUGCCAUGUACAUAAUGAUAUUUAUAUUGUAUGCCAAGUGUACUGAGCUCUUUAAAUUAAUUAUAUCUAUAUUUUCCUACUAGAUACCACCAAAGCAGACAAUGGGGCUGUCAAUGUCACCCCAAGGUGGAAAAAAGAUGAGUCACGUCGCCCAACUGCUAGUAAGUUAUACCAUUAUUAUACCCUUCCAUGUACAUAUUGAUAUUUAUAUUGUAUGCCAAGUGUACUGAGCUCUUUAAAUUAAUUAUAUCUAUAUUUUCCUACUAGAUACCACCAAAGCAGACUAUGGGCUUGUCAACAGAAAAAGAAAAAUGGGUAAGCUUUUCGUUAGUCUUUACAUUUUUUACUAUGUUUUAAGCUUGACUUUAAGGUCAGGGCCUUCUCUUGCCACGUAACAAAAUUAGGGAUUAAUAGAUUUAUACAAGUAUCAUUCUUUAGUUACAAGUAUAUCCAGUCCUGCAAAGAAGUGCCCUCCACAUAUUUACCAGAGUGUUGAGGCCUGUGGCCAUUCCGUUAAGGCAGAACACAGUGUGCAAAGCGUAAAAAGUGGCAGAUUGUGGCAUUUUUGUUUGCACACUGCAUUCUGCAUAGUAAAUGACCCCAUAGUUGUAAAAUACAUCAUAUUAUAGAAGAUAUUCUGUUAACAAUGACACUGACUACUACAUAGCACCACAUUGAUUGCUAUUACUAAAUUUGAGGGUUCUGGGUUUGAUCCCUAAAAUCUUCUGCAGGUAGUCUGUAUGUUAUCAUUUGUUUUUUGGGGUUUUGCUCCCAAGCAUGAUUACACUCAUGUUAAUUAGCUUUUUAUAAUAGUGACCCUAGAGUGUGUGGCAGUUCAAGCUUUACUCUAUUGCUCAGCUUAGAUAGGUCAUUGUAUUUCUCUAAAUAUACAUAUAUAUAUAUUUAUCUUCUUUGUCUUCUAGACAACAUCAAUAUAGAAGAAAGAGGCGGCAUGCCUAAAACAAAGGACGAAAGAGGCAAAAUGCCUAAAAAUAUGAAUGAAAGAGGCGAGAUGGCUAAAAGGAGAAAAAUAAGUAAGUUGUUGGCUGUUAAUAAUUCACAGUUCACUUUCUUUCAAGAAUCUAAAAACAUUUGAAAGCUUGACGUUUCAAUAUUAUGGACGUUAAUGCUCUAUGACCCCGUCCUAUACACAUAACUGUUGGAACUUGGGAUUGGAAUUGUUGACUUGCAGCGCUGUAAUCCUUGGUUUGACUCUGACUAUGUAACUACUGACUACUACUCUCUGUACAGGGAUUGUAUGUUGUCCCUGUGUUCAAGCCAAUAAUACAGGGGUAGAUAAACUUGAUAAAGCCCUAGAGAGCAUAUACUAUUAAUUGAUAAAUGGGAAUGUAAGCUCUGCAGGGUGAAUGGAAAAACAUGCUAUAUAAUAAUAUAUCCACAAAACCCCAGGUCCCAAGAAUUCCCAUGCCUGUACCAGUUGAUACUAUAAUGUUCUUGGACACAACGUGCAUAAAUCAAGCUAUAUGCAGAAAUAACAUUUAUUCACAAUACAUUACUAUCUUGUGAUUUUUAGCCUUUGAAGAUUUCCCCCCAAAGUGGAAGAGAGAGAGGCAACAUUCUUGGAACCAUGCCCCUCGAAAUCACACUGGCAGAUGGAAGAAAGACAAGCAAGCAUGCGUAAACAAUGGAUUCUUUACUUGGAACAAGCCAACUAUUCAAGUCAGAAUAGAAAUGAGGCCUGAAAGAUGUUACCAGCGAAAAUGGAGCCAGCCUAAGGGCAGAACACGAUUUCGUCCAUAUUAAGAACUCAUUCAUAAAAAGUUUCAGGGCCUAAAAGAUCUUACCUGCAAAAAUGGAGCCGGCAUAAGAGCAGAAGACGAUUUCAUCCAUAUUAAGAACGCAUUGAUAAAAUGUUGCAGGGCCUAAAAGAUCUUACCAGCAAAAAUGGAGCCGGCAUAAGAGUAGAAGAAGUUUUCGUCCAUAUUAAGAACGCAUUGAUAAAAUGUUACAGGGCCUGAAGGAUGUUACCAGAAAAAACUGGAGCCGGCAUAAGAGCAGAAGACGUUUUCAUCCAUAUUAAGAAAACAUUAAUAAAACGUUGCAGGGCCUGAAAGAUCUUAACAGCAAAAAUGGAGCCGGCCUAAGGACAAAAGACGAUUUCGUCCAUAUUAAGAACGCAUUAAAAUGUUGCAGGGCCUGAAAGAUCUUAACAGCAAAAAUGUUGCCGGCCCAAGAGCAGAAGACGAUUUCAUCCACUUAAAAACGCAUUAAUAAAAUGUUGCAGGGCCUGAAAAAUCUUAUCAUCAAAAUUGGAGCCGGCCUAAGAGCAGAAGACGAUUUUGUCCAUUUUAAGAACACAUUAAUAAAAUGUUUUUCAGUUUAUUGAAACUGUUCUUUUUAGUUGAGUAGUGGCUGUAGGUGUAAGAGACGGGAGUGUGACUGCAGAGGUAGUGGGAACUUUAGUGUGAAUGUCAGUAGAUCGUUAUUUCAUUGAUAUAGGAGAUAUAAACAUCUUAGGGUCGGGAAGAAAAUUCCUAAAAUAUGAGACAGGUCAUGAAGGACAAUAGGUUUGAAGUGACAGACAAUGUUCAUUAGGGCUCACUGACCAUAGAGAAGAAGCUGUACUAUACAGAUAGAGCCAGCCUGGUUUGUGUGUCUGGCGCGCUGUAACUAAAUGGGAAACACGCGCUAUGUGCGCUAUAUGCAGUUCCUCACGUUGCCUUGACGAACAAAAAAAAUUUCAUUCAACUGCAUUAUUGAAAAUGAACACCAGGUGGCGCAUGGUACACUUAGCCCUUAAUAGGAAGAACUUGACAACGGCAAACUGCUUCGUAUGCAGAAAAGUAAAUCACAUAAAUGUAUUGAUUUCGGUCUGGGAAACUUGGCAAAACAUUCCUCCAACUUCUGUUACUAUUGUGUGCCACAGUCUGGAUGAUUUGCAAAAUCGUUUUGUCACUUAGGUUGUGUUCAACUCUGACAUGGUUAUGGAGUGCUAAUUCCUGCUCCAUUUAACAUUGGGCUCU